GGCGUCGACACGGCCCAGGUGCUGCCAGCCACACGCAGCGCGGGGGGCACAGCGACGCUGGCGACGAGUUCAUCCCAGCCGGCCCAGAUGUGAGGUCACCAUGAGGAGCCAUCAGAACGUGAGAACCCUCUCGCUGGUGGUGUUCACCUUCACCUUCCUGCUGAUCGGAGCUGCGGUAUUCGACGCGCUCGAGUCGGAGAUGGACGAGAAGCACCAGCACGUGCUCGGGGACAUGGAGGAGAACAUGAAGCGCAGAUAUGGCAUCACUGACGAAGACUACAGAGUGCUGGAGACGACCAUUAUCAAGAUGGAGCCUCACAAAGCGGGACCCCAGUGGAAGUUCAUCGGCGCGUUCUACUUCGCAACGGUGGUGUUGGUCAUGAUAGGGUACGGGCACAGCACGCCGGCCACAGUCGGCGGGAAGGCUUUUGUCAUCCUGUACGCCAUCAUCGGCAUCCCCAUGGGCCUCGUCAUGUUCCAGCACAUCGGCGAGAGACUCAACAAGGGAGCGUCCAUCAUCAUCAAGAAGCUGAAAAUUCUAUUCCGGCGAAAAAAUCCCGAGAUAUCUGAGAUUGACCUGAUGGUGGCCACCUUCUUUCUCUCUACCAUUAUUACUACGUCUGGGGCGGCCAUGUUCUCGCACUACGAGAGGUGGAGCUACUUCGAGUCCUUCUACUACUGCUUCAUCACGCUCACUACCAUCGGCUUCGGAGACUACGUUGCGCUGCAGAAGGACCAUGCGCUUUCCGAGAAGCCGGGCUACGUGGCGAUGGCGCUCAUUUUCAUCCUGUUCGGCCUGGCUGUGCUCGCCGCCAGCAUGAACCUGCUGGUGCUCCGCUUCAUGACAAUGAACACCGAGGACGUGAAGCAGGUGGACGGGGACAUGCAGCCGGCCUCCUCCUUCCUGUCGCUGGAUGGAGAGUCGCUCAUCAUCAACGGCAACAUGAUCGCCCAGAUGUCGCACCAGACACCGGAGACCAUGAGCUUCGUCUCCCACACGUCCGUAUGCUCCUGCACGUGCUACCCGAGACACUCUCCGGGAGGGAGGGACAGGUACGGCACCACGCGCCGCCCGUCCCGUAUCUCCCACCUGCUGGACGCGGUGCCGGGGGAGCCGGCCCACAUCACUGAGACACGCGACGACGAGCGGUUCGACCUGGAGACCCCCGAGGACGUCUUCGGCCGCUCCCUGAAGAGGGCCUCCGUGUAGACGAGCGGUUCGACCUGGAGACCCCCGAGGACGUCUUCGGCCGCUCCCUGAAGAAGGCCUCCGUGUAGACGAGCGGUUCGACCUGGAGACCUCCGAGGACGUCUUCGGCUGCUCCCUGAAGAGGGCCUCCGUGCAGACGAGCGGUUCGACUUGGAACUCCCGAGGACGUCUUCGGCCAUUCCAUGGAGAGGGGCUCCGUGUAGACCAGCAGUUCGACCUGGAGACUCCCGAGGACGUCUUCGGCCGUUCCAUGGAGAGGGGCUCCGUGCAGAGUUGCGGCGCUACGCUGUGCCAUGUCGCUGCUUCGACAGCGCUGCUACAUCUUUUUGCUGUCGUAGGUAGCCAACGACAACACGUUCUUUGUUGUCCGUAAGUAGAGGACGCCUACGUUGACGAGUGAAGGCGGUGCCCGUUAUGGCAACUACGGAUUUUGUCGCGCGAUAACCGCUGAAAGCAACGUCCCAUCCGUUCUGUCUUUGGUCGGAUACGGCAGCAAAAGGUGUACUAUUGCUGCAAUGGUUCGCUUAUAGCGUUGCACACCUUGUGCAGCAUAGCCUACAUAUGCAGCGUUGUGUUCUGAUGUCAUGUGUGUUCGGCCUCGAGCCCCGCUGUGCCAAGCCUGCCUCGUUUUAGAGUCGGCCAGAUGCGGUGCAGAGGAUCUACCGCUGCCAGGUCGGCGGAAGCGCGGUGCAGUGCAAGAAUGUCAUUGAAGUAGCGGAAUAAUUCAGAACAGGGUAGAUUUUUAAGACAUAAGAUACAGGGCCGUUCUGGGAAAGGGCGUUGCAAUGAACAAACUGCGUUGUUUGUAGAAUCGCCGCAGGGAUUUUCACUUCUGAGCGUUUCACUUUCAGCCCGUGUGUUUAUAUUCGAAAGAGCAAGAGGGUUAAACCGGAGGAGAGAAAGGGAAGGCCACGCUUAGGUGUGAUAGCGUUAUAAAAGUAAUCAUCUUCAUGCAUUAAGCUUGAAACCGCAAUGUCAUCAAAAGCCAAGGCCAUUUGAGACCACUGAACGACUUCAGAUAACCUCUAAUCACCUUCGGAUGCAAUUGGUGGCGUGCUCCGACUUCAACCAGCGUUACUUUGAGAUCAUAUAAUUAUGCUGUUUUCCACGCAAAGACGUCAAAAUGUGAUUUAACAUCCCGUAAGGACCACCAUCCAGUAGGCCACCCCAUAGGGACACCUCACACCGACCUCUGCAAAAGCUGUAGUCCGAGCACGAAAUUUCAUCUUUUUUUUGUUUUUGAUUUCCAAUUUCAGGAACGAUUUGGCAAUGGGUUCCUCUAUGCUGCAGAUGGGGAUGAGACGAAACCAGCGGUGUUAGCAGUGCUAAGAGCGAUAUGUUGCUACCAGCGAAUCGUGGGACUAUGUUUCUGUGUGAGGUAAAUGUUUUUUUGUCAUAAUUAAUGGACAAUGGUCAUGCGCGGGGAUCGGCGGUGUUUUUAUAAAAGCUGGCGUGCACUUAUGCCUGGCACAAGCGUUAUCCAUAAGUGUACCCGAGCCAGUAUUUGCAUCGGCAAGGCUAUCUGUGAAAUAGCCGAUAUAUUUGUUUUGCGGCCUAACGCAGGCAAGCAGGCCGGCUUCAUAAAACGAAGCUGUUAACCUAAGCCAUUUUAUAAGCGCAAUGUACAUCGCGGUUUUCAAAAACGACGAAGUUUUUUCCGCAAAGUCCGGUAAUAGCCCACUUUUAGCUCCAGGCUUGACGCCAAAUGCACCCUGCCUGGAUGUGUGCUUGUGCAAAACGAUUUAAAAGUACGUAAAUGGGUAUUUCCGUGUCAUAAAAAUGGGCCAUUAUCAGCACUGUUAAUUGCAAAACUGCAUCGCACAACGUCAAAUGAUUUUCCAGCGUAUUAUUCAUAUUUGUGUCGCCAACGAUUGUGUCGGGUACCUGCACUGAAUAUACGGUUAGUAUCAAAUAUAUGCAGAGCAACUUGACGCGGAAUA